AUGCGUCUCACAAUAACCACCAUCACCCUAUCCCUCCUCAGCGCAAGCGCCACCCUCGCCCAAGCCUGCUCCCCAGGCUUCUCCUCGAACCGCAACCUCGCCCCCGGCGACUACGCCUGGCUCUUUGCGGACUACCAGGUCGAGGACGUGUCCGGCUGCAGCAGCCGCUGCGCCCGGUCGUGCACCGCCCCCGGCAAGAAGUACGGCUCCUGCAUGGGCUGCGCCAGGUGGAAGGGCAACGCCCAGGGUAGGAUGGACCUCCCGCCGUGCAGCAAGCCCGUCACGACGAAUAACAAUGAUGGCGAGUAUAAGUGCCAGGGAUACGGUGACGGUUUCUGGAGGUGUGUUACGCGGUGCCCGGUUGGGUAUGAGUCCAAGGAUCUAGGUCGUAUUCAAUAA